AUGAAAAGUAAUAAAACAAAACAAAAUGGUGGUAAUAAACCAAAUAAUGGUGCAAUUACAGAUAAUCGUUUUAAACAUGCUCAAAAUGAUCCAAAAUUUAAGAUGUACAGAAGAAAAGAUAAGGCAGUUCAACUUGAUAAUAGAUUCGGUGAUUUAAUGAAAUCAAAUAGUUCAUUCACAUCAGAUGCACCAAUUGAUGAAUAUGGUAGAAAGAUUGUAAACAAAAAAAUUGAUAAAUCAAUUAAGAAAACCUAUGUUUUAGAAAAUGAAGAAAAAGAAGAAAAAGAAGAAAAAGAAAAGAAACCAAAAUCAACAACAAAGAAAGAAAUUAAGAAACCAGUUGUUGAAUCAGAAUCAGAGUCAGAAUCAGAAGUUGAAGAAGAGGAAUCAAUUAAUUCAGAUAUUGAAUCAGAAAAAGUUAUUGAAUAUGGUGGAUUUGAAUAUAAUUCAGACACAGAAAGUUCAGAUGCAGAAGAGUUUCAAGGUGAUGAUAUUGAAGAGGAAGAGGAAGAAGAAGAGGAAGUACCAAGAGGUGAUGCAACUAAAAGAUUUGCAGUAUUAAAUUGUGAUUGGGAUAAUAUUACAUCAAAACAAUUAUUUAUAUUAUUGAAUUCAUUUGUACCAUCAUCAGGUGGUGGUCAUAUUGAAAGAAUUACAAUUUAUCCAUCGGAUUUUGGUUUGGAACAAAUGGCACGUGAAAAAUCGUUGGGUCCAAAUAAAGAAAUUUGGGACUCAAGUAAAGCGAUAAUAAACAAUAGUAAUAAUAAUGGCUUAAAAGAGAGUUCAUUAAGUUUUGAUAAACUAGAGGAUGCAGAAUCAUUAGAUGGUAAAGGAUUUAAUUUGGAAAAGUUAAGACAAUAUGAAUUAUCGAAAUUAAGAUACUAUUACGCUGUAGUUGAAUGUAGCUCAAUUCAAACUGCCAAUAAAAUUUAUGAAGAAUGUGAAGGUAUGGAAAUUGAAGAUACAGCAAAUGUUUUAGAUCUUAGAUUCAUUCCAGAUGAUCAAAAAUUCACAAAUACACCAAGAGACACUUGUACAGAGUUACCCGCUUCAACUGAUGAAAAUGGUGGUUUUGGUUUCCAAACUUCAAUUCUUAAAGGUACAGCAGUCGAUUUCACUUGGGAUAUCGAUAAGACUAGAAAGAAGUUAUUAACUAAAAACUUUUCAAAAUUUGAUGCAAGAGAAGAAGAUUUAAGAGCAUAUUUAGCUGAUCCAACUUCAUCUGAAGAAUCAUCUGAAGAAUCAUCUGAUGAUGGUGAUAAUAAUAAUAAUAAUAAUAAAAAUGGAAAACAAACAACUAAAAAUUCAAAACGUUUAGCACUUAGAAAUAAAUAUAAAUCAUUAUUAUUAGAUGGUAUUGAAGAUGAAGAAGAAAAAGAUGAUAUUCAAAUUACAUUUAAUUCAGCUUUCUCUGAUACUUUAAAACAACAAAAACAACAAAAAUCAAAUGAAAGUGAUGAUGAUGAUGAUGAUGACGAUGGUCUUUCAAUUAAAUUUUCAGAUCAAGAAAUUGGUUCAAGUGAUGAAGAAGAUGAAGAAUCUGAUAAAGAAGGUAUAAUUAAUAAAGAAAAUGAUGAUGAUGAAUCAGAUUCUGCUGCUGAUGAUGAAUCAUCUGAAAAUGAAAGUGGUGAUGAUGACGAUGACGAUGAUGAUGAUGAUAAUUUAUUAAAUGGAUCAGAUUCAGAAACACCAGAUUGGGCAAAAGAUUUAAAAUCAGAUUCAGAAGAUGAUACAGUUCAAGAGAUGGUAAUUAAUACAAAUUUAAAUAAUGUUGGUAAAAAAUUAUUAAAAGAAAAAGAAAAGAGAGAGAAUGGUAAUGUUUUUACAGAUUAUUUAGAAAAGAAGAAAGAAAAGAAAUCACAAAAAAAGAGAGAGAGAAGAAUUGAAAUUGAGAAAUUAAUUAAAGAGAAAGAAGAGAAAGAGAAACAACAAAAAAAGAAUAAAUCUAAAGGUAGAGUCACUGAAGAGGAAAAAAAAGAGAAAGCAGAGUUAGAGUUACUUUUAAUGGAUGAUGAUCUCUCAAAGAAUAAAGGUUAUACAAAGAAACAAUUGGAGAGAGAAGCUAAAAUGAAUACAAUCGAUCCAAUUGAAAGAAAGAAAUUGGAAAAGAAAUUGAAAAAGAAAAAUCAAAAAAUGGAUGUCCAAGAUGAUAAACAUUUAAUUGAUCUCCAAGGUUUCAAAAUGAAUACAACUGAUAAUAGAUUUCAUAGCAUGUUCAUUGAUCCAGCUUACGCUAUAGAUCCAACAGACCCUAAAUUCAAAAGAACUACUGGUAUGGUUGAAAUGUUAACCGAAAAGAAAAAUCGUCGUAAAGUUGAAAAAGAAAAAGAAGAAAAAGAAAUUUUAGAAAGAAGAAAUAAAUUAAAAGAUCAAAAUUUAAAUUCAACUACUACUAAUUCUACCACUACAACAACAACAUCAAAAUCAAGUUUAAGUGAAAUGGCACAAAAUAUUAAAAGAAAAGCUGAAGAACAAAAAAAUAAAGAAAAUUCUAAAAAGUUUAAAAAAUAA